UCCAAGUUCUUAUAAUUAAUAUGCUUCGAUCGAGUCACCGCCUAUAUAAGUACAGAAACACUUCGCUAUCUCCUGUAUACAGAGAGAGCGAACUAGUGAGAGAGAGAGAACAAUGACGUCGUCUUUUGGUAAGACCUGCUUGGUCACUUUCCUACUUCUUCUAUUUAUUGGGCAAUGCGUUGGAAGACCGUUGUAUCAACUUCCGAGUACGAUAGCUCAUCGUCAUAAACAGCCCCUACAAACAUCCCGUCCGUACAAUGUUGCUCAUCGAGGUUCAAAUGGGGAGUACCCUGAAGAAACUGCUGUAGCAUACAUGAGAGCUAUUGAAGAGGGGGCAGAUUUCAUAGAAACAGACAUCCUUGCCUCUAAAGAUGGCGUGCUGAUAUGCCACCAUGAUGUAACACUUGAUGACACAACUGAUAUUGCAAACCAUACGGAGUUUGCUGAUAGAAAAAGAACGUAUGAGGUUCAAGGCGUGAACACGACUGGGUGGUUCGUAGUUGACUUUACACUGGAAGAGCUGCAGUCAUUGGGGGCGAAGCAACGGUUCAGUUUUCGAGAUCAACAGUAUAAUGGGAAAUUCCCAAUUAUCACCUUUGAAGAGUACAUCUCAAUUGCAUUAAAUGCAAGAAGAGUUGUUGGAAUUUAUCCAGAGAUUAAAAAUCCUGUUUUUGUCAACAACCAUGUCAAAUGGGCAGAUGGGAAGAAGUUUGAAGAUAAGUUUGUGGAGAUGUUGCAGAAAUACGGAUAUAGCGGUUCAUAUAUGUCAAAAGAAUGGCUGAAGCAACCUGCAUUUAUCCAGUCCUUUGCUCCAACUUCACUCGUAUAUAUUUCAAACCUCACCGCGCUGCCCAAAAUUUUCUUAAUUGAUGAUGUGACAAUACUGACAGAAGAUACCAAUCAGUCAUACUGGGAUAUUACUUCGGAUGCGUAUUUUGAUUACAUAAAGAAGUAUGUGGUGGGGAUUGGACCCUGGAAGGAUACAAUUGUUUUUCCAAGAAAUAACUAUUUGGAUAGAGUCACUGAUCUUGUUGCCAGAGCACAUGCUCGUGGCCUACAGGUGCAUCCAUAUACAUUCAGAAAUGAAAAUUCUUUCCUGCACUUUGACUUCCUCCAAGAUCCAUAUGCUGAAUAUGAUUUCUGGAUAAACAAGAUCGGUAUUGAUGGACUCUUCACAGACUUCACCGGAACCUUUCACCGUUACCAGGAAGCUACUGCUCCUCUAUCUCACGAAAGUAAAGAUGGCGCUUCUGACAUAUUGCAUAAGAUUGCAUCAUUGAUUAACUCCUAUACAAGGGGAUGAUGAUGAUGAGAGUUAUAUGAUUAUACCUACCAGCUUAUCUUAGAAAAAGACAUGAGGAAAGUUGUCUAUUUAAGGUGACAUGUUUUUUCUUGGUGGUUUCUUUAAUUGUUUGUUUUCAAGGGUUUAGGGAUCAUUCCAUGGCCAUGAGUUCACCAUUACUUUCUUCUUUAAUUUGAUGAUCUUUUUCUGCAUUCUUGAUCAUGUUUUAUGUGGUCACGAAGUGGUAAAAAAAAAAAGUAUAGCUCUCGUUUAUUGACCUAA